UGUGAUCCAUCACAGGUGAGAGCAAAACAUAAAGAAGUGUGUCUUCACAAAGACAGCCCGCUGGGGGAAACAAUCCUUGAAUGUUAUAACUGUGGUUGUAGAAAUGUGUUUCUUCUAGGAUUCAUAUCUGCAACAACAGAAAGUGUUGUUGUUCUGCUUUGUAGGGAGCCAUGCCUUAGUGUUAAUGCAUUAAAGGACAUGAACUGGGACCUGAGUCAAUGGUGCCCACUUAUUGAUGAUAGAUGUUUCUUGCAAUGGUUACUAAAGGUACCAUCUGAACAAGAACAACUUAGGGCUCGACAAAUUAGUGCCCAGCAGAUAAAUAAAAUAGAAGAGCUUUGGAAGACGAAUCCUGAUGCUACCCUGGAAGAUCUUGAGAAGCCUGGUGUUGAUGAUGAGCCUCAACCUGUGGUUCCGAAGUAUGAAGAUGCUUAUCAGUAUCAAAAUGUUUUUGCACCACUCAUUAAGCUUGAAGCAGAUUAUGAUAAGAUGAUGAAAGAGUCUCAAAGCAAAGACAGUAUCACGAUUCGUUGGGAUAUUGGUCUCAACAAGAAGCGCAUUGCUUAUUUUGUCUUUCCUAAGGAAGAUAAUGAAAUACGCCUUGUAACUGGUGAUGAACUUCGACUCCGUUAUUCAGGUGAUGCAGCUCACCCCUCGUGGCAAUCUGUGGGUCAUGUGAUAAAAUUGACUGCACAAGAGGAGGUUGCUCUUGAACUUGGUGCUAGUCAGGGUGUUCCUGUUGAUGUCAAUCAUGGUUUUAGUGUUGACUUUGUUUGGAAAAGCACAAGUUUUGAUCGGAUGCAGGGGGCUAUGAAGACUUUUGCUGUUGAUGAAACCAGUGUCAGUGGGUAUAUCUAUCAUCAUUUACUUGGCCAUGAAGUUGAAAUGCAGAUGGUUCGUAAUACGUUGCCUCGAAGAUUUGGUGCACCUGGGUUACCAGAGCUUAAUGCAUCUCAAGUUUUUGCUGUCAAAAGUGUCCUACAGAAGCCUAUAAGUCUCAUCCAAGGUCCACCAGGAACGGGUAAAACUGUGACAUCUGCUGCAAUUGUGUAUCAUAUGGCCAAACAAGGUCAAGGACAGGUUUUGGUCUGUGCUCCUAGUAAUGUUGCUGUGGAUCAGCUAGCUGAAAAGAUAAGCGCAACUGGUUUAAAGGUUGUCAGACUUUGUGCGAAAUCAAGGGAAGCUGUUAGUUCCCCUGUUGAGCAUUUAACCUUGCACUACCAGGUUAGACAUCUGGAUACAUCAGAAAAGAGUGAACUUCACAAGUUACAACAGCUGAAAGAUGAACAAGGUUUGUUACAUUUGUAUCCUGAUUAUUUCCUUCUAUUUUUAUUUUUUUUUAUUGUGUUUGAUUAA